AUGACUGCAGAGCAGCAGGUAGUUGGGAAUGUCCCAGCAUCGGCGGACAUUGUCAUGGAGCAAGAGCAAAUUCAGAGCGAUGACGUGCAAUGUGCACUGCUAGCUACAGCAUGCGUCAAGGUGCAAAUCAGAGCAGGACAAUCCGUUGAGGCAAGGGCGCUUCUAGACAGCGGAAGUGAAGUCAACUUGGUUACAGAGCGGUGCGUGCAGAAAUUGGGCAUUAGCAAGCGAUAUUGCGUUUUUUCUGUGCAGGGCAUUGGAUCGAGCAUUGCCUUGCGACUGACCGGAAUGGUGAAUGUUAGCAUCCGGUCUACAAUCGAUCCGAGCUUCAAUCUGGAAUGCGAAAUGUUUGUCGUGAAGAAAAUCACUUCUUGCCUACCUUCAAGAAGCUUAUCGCAAGCACAAGCGAAGGAAAUGCGUGAGCUUAAGUUGGCUGAUCCCAAAUUCAGUGAGCCAGCUAGAAUAGAGAUGUUGUUGGGAGCGCAGGUAUGGGCGGAAAUCAUCAGAGAGUGCAUCAAGAGAUUCAGUUCCGGAUUGACGGCGCAGGAUUCGUCCCUUGGUUGGAUCGUUUUUGGCAAGCUUCAACCAAGGCAUGAACGUGCAGGCAAGACAAUGUGCAUCGCGUCGGAACCUUCAGAUGUAGAGCUUAACCAAUUGCUGAGGAAAUUCUGGAAAAUCGAAGAACCGAGCUCUGGCCGUUACGUGGUAACUAUACCAAUAAAUCCCAGAGCAGCAGAAUUGGGGUCCACAAGAGCUGUGGCUAUGAAGAGGUUCCUACAAACCGAAAAGCGAUUAUGUGCAGUGCCAGAGCUGAGACAAAAAUACGUCGACUUCAUGCGCGAAUAUGAAGAGCUCGGGCACAUGAAGCAAGUGAUUGGACCAAGUACGAGAGAGCGAGCAUACCACAUUCCACACCACUGUGUCACUAAGAAGUUUCGGGUCGUCUUCGACGCAUCUUGCAAGAGCGUUAGUGGAGUGUCAUUAAAUGAUGUGCAAUUUUCUGGUGCUAAACUUCAGGACGAUCUAUCGGCAAUCAUAACACGUUUUCGGUGCUUCAAGAUUGCAGUUUCAGCGGACGUCGAAAAAAUGUUCCGCCAAGUGAAGGUGAAUCCAGAGCAAUGGGAUCUCCAGAGGAUUUUCUGGAGGGAGAGCCCAAAUAAGCCAAUGAGGGAAUACCGCCUGACAGUAGUUACGUACGGUAUGGCGUCCAGUGGAUUUAAUGCAGUGCGAGCAAUGCAUCAGUGUGCGAGCGAUGAUCAGGAGUCCUAUCCAUUGGCCUACAAGGCUAUUUUGAGCAAUUUCUACAUGGACGACAUGUUGACCGGCGCAGACACACAGGAGCAGGCAACAAGUAAGUGCAGGCAAAUAAUUUCUUCAUUGAGAGCAGGCGGAUUCAAGUUGAGCAAGUUCAUGUCAUCAAGUCAAAGGGUGCUAUCGAAGCUAACUAGCACCUAUUCGAGUGAAAGAGAGCUAACUUUUCCGGAAGACAACAACGCUUCUAUGUUGUGCCUUGUGUGGAACUGCGCAAAAGAUGAGAUCUCAUUCAAAGUCAGAGCGAGAGAUGAACGCGUUUCCAAUACCAAGAGAGCAGUUGUUAGUGCAAUCGCAAGGUUGUACGACCCGAAUGGCUACCUUGCGCCCGUGAUAAUCAGUGCAAAAAUCCUCAUACAAGACCUAUUGCGAUCCGGCAUGGGACGAGCAAAUACCCAUGUCCAUUCUGCCGACAUGGCAGAAGUACAACGAGCAGCUGCCGCACUUGGAAGCAAUAAAAAUUCCGAGAUGGCUAGGCAGCACUGA